AUGAUGAAUCUCCUAAUCUCAGAAUCUCAAAAUCUCAGAAUCUCAGAAUCUCCGAAUCUCAGAAACUCAGAAUCUCAGAAUCUCAGUAUCUCAGUAUCUCAGAAUUUCAGAAUCUCAGAAUCUCAGAAUCUCACAAUCUCACAAUCUCGGAAUCUCAGAAUCUCAGAAUCUCGAAAUCUCAGAAUCUCAGAAUCUCCGAAUCUCAGAAUCUCAGAAUCUCAAAAUCUCAGAAUCUCAGAAUCUCAGAAUCUCCGAAUCUCAGAAACUCAGAAUCUCAGAAUCUCAGUGAUCUCAGUAUCUCAGAAUUUCAGAAUCUCAGAAUCUCAGAAUCUCAGAAUCUCAGAAUCUCAGAAUCUCAGAAUCUCAGAAUCUCAAAAUCUCAGAAUCUCAGAAUCUCCGAAUCUCAGAAUCUCAGAAUCUCAAAAUCUCAGAAUCUCAGAAUCUCAGAAUCUCAAAAUCUCAGAAUCUCAGAAUCUCAGAAUCUCAGAAUCGCAGAAUCUCAGAAUUUCAGAAUCUCAGAAUCUCAGAAUCUCCGAAUCGCAGAAUCUCAGAAUCUCAGAAUCUCAGUAUCUCAGAAUCUCCGAAUCUCAGAAUUUCAGAAUCUCAGAAUCUCAGUAUCUCAGAAUCUCAGAAUCUCAGAAUUUCAGUAUCUCAGAAUCUCAGAAUCUCAAAAUCUCAGAAUCUCAGAAUCUCAGUAUCUCAAAAUCUCAGAAUUUCAGAAUCUCAGAAUCUCAGAAUCUCAGAAUCUCAAAAUCUGAGAAUCGCAGAAUCUCAGAAUCUCAGUAUCUCAGAAUCUCAGAAUCUCAGAAUCUCAGAAUCUCAAAAUCUCAGAAUCUCAGAAUCUCAGAAUCUCAGAAUCUCAGAAUCUCAGAAUCUCAGAAUCUCCGAAUCUCAGAAUCUCAGAAUCUCAGAAUCUCAGUAUCUCAGAAUCUCAGAAUCUCAAAAUCUCAGAAUUUCAGAAUCGCAGAAUCUCAGAAUCUCAGAAUCUCAGAAUCUCAUCAGAAUCGCAGAAUCUCAGAAUCUCAGAAUCUCCGAAUCUCAGAAACUCAGAAUCUCAGAAUCUCAGUAUCUCAGAAUCUCAGAAUCUCAGAAUCUCAGAAUCUCAGAAUCUUUUGA